GCCAAGCCACCUCGGCCCCCGGCCAAGCCACCUCGGCCCCCAGCCAAGCCACCUCGGCCCCCAGCCCAGCCACCUCGGCCCCCAGCCCAGUCAACUCAGCUCUCAGUCCAGGCACCUCACUCUAGGACCCAGCCUCCUCGGCCCCUUUUCCUCCAACCACCUUUACUCUGACCCAGGGCACAUCACCCACCACCCACCCAGGCACGGGAAACCCAAGUUAGGCUGCAUCCAGCCUCCUCCUUCAGCCUAUACCCACCCACAGACCCCUGGUCCCGUCCCUGCAAACCCCAGCCACAAGCGCUCUAAACCUGGACAGGCACAACCUCCUUCCAUCCUCUGCAUCUCCAGUCACCUCCAGCACAGCUACCGGGAGCUGGACUUCAGACUGAAUGGAUCAUUACUGACCUCUUAUGAAAAGACUGGUAGCGUCAAAAUGAACGGGGUCCAAGAGUUGGGUGGUGAGGACCCCUGUCCUGUCAAAACUCCCAGAGGGGUGAAGGACCCCACUCUGACCAACAGUCACGCCCAUCCUGUGAAUGGUGCCAUAAAGCCUCUGGACCUCUCCCCACACCCCACACGACCCACACCCACUACAGACAGGGGGUUACCCCAUACUCUCCAAUCCAUACCCCCACAGCCUGACAGCCCCUUAUCCAAACCCCCUAUCCAACAUGACACCCUCAGACCUCCCCCUGUCUCUCACCACAGACACCACGCACAACCGGCCAAUGAACAGAGACCCAAGCCCCCUCCGCCCACCUAUCAGGAGGCCAUGGCUGCCUCGACAUCCUGCCCCCUAGAUCUCCCGCCUCAAUCAGAUUUCCCUCCUGAGAAACCACUCCCCCCUGCUAACCCAAACCCCUCCCCUUCCCCUGUCUGUCUGAAUGGCAGCCACCACAAUGUUUUUCCUUCUAACCCCACCCCCCUGGAAACCAACAACCUAUCAGCCAACACCUUUCCUUCUAACCCCACCCCCCUGGAAACCAACAACCUAUCAGCCAACGCCUUUCCCUUGAACCCUGCCCCUCUGGAAACCAACAACCUAUCAGCCAACACCUUUCCUUCUAACCCCACCCCCCUGGAAACCAACAACCUAUCAGCCAACACCUUUCCUUCUAACCCCACCCCCUGGAAACCAACAACCUAUCAGCCAACACCUUUCCUUCUAACCCCACCCCCCUGGAAACCAACAACCUAUCAGCCAAUGCCUUUCCCUCGAACCCUGCCCCCCUGGAAAUCAACAACUUAUCAGCCAACCCCUUUCCCUCAAACUACGCUCCUCUGCACCACGACCAACAAUCAGCAAAGGUAAAGACCGGGGGGAUCAUCUCAGAGUUUUACUCCCACUCUCGUCUACACCACAUCUCCACGUGGAGGAGUGAGUUCUCUGAGUAUGUCAACAUGUUGCAGAGCAGGAGGAGGGCCACAGAGGGUACCACCUUCCCCGGGAGAGACAGGCUCAGACGCCAGAGGAGAGAGGGUUUGUCAGCUGCUCCUGGCCCUCAGUCCUGUAUCCUGCAUGUGGACAUGGACUGUUUCUUUGUCUCCGUGGGGAUCAGACACCGACCAGACCUCAAAGGGAAGUCUGUAGCGGUGACCAGUAACCGUGGUUCAGGCAGAGUGGCCCAGAGACCUGGUGUUGACCGCCAGCUGGAGCUGCAGUACUACCAGAAAACAUAUUGCUAUCCAGCUGUGUCAGAGAGGAAGGAUGGGGACCUGGAGGAAAUGACAUCAUCAGAGACGGAGAGUCACAUCUCCCAUGGCAACAGUGUUGACCAGGGUACUGCUGCCCUCUCUAUGGCUGAGAUCGCCUCCUGUAGCUAUGAGGCCAGGCAGGCGGGGGUGAGGAACGGGAUGAUUUUUGGCCAGGCCAAACAGCUGUGUCCCUCCCUGCAGUCUGUCCCUUAUGACUUCCAGGCCUACAAGAAGGUGGCCCUGGCCAUGUACGAGACCCUCGCCAGUUAUUCUCACGACAUCGAGGCCCUGAGUUGUGACGAGGCGUUGGUGGAUAGCUCCGCCCUGCUGGCCGAGUUGAGUGUUACACCAGAUGAACUUGCCAGUGCCAUCCGGGCAGACGUCAGGGAGAGGACUGGGUGCUCUGCCUCAGUGGGCAUGGGGUCCAACAUCCUGUUGGCGAGAAUGGCUACCCGGAAGGCUAAGCCGAACGGACAGUACUUCCUGAGGUCAGAGGAAGUGGACGACUUCAUCAGGGACCAGACGGUGACCAGCCUACCAGGUGUGGGCCGUUCUAUGGCUGGUAAACUGGCAUCUCUGGGUGUGAGGUCAUGUGGGGACCUGCAGCAGGUGUCUCUGCAGCGGCUGCAGAAGGAGUUUGGCCCUCGCACCGGUCAGACCCUCUUCAGGUUCUGCCGAGGUCUGGACGACCGGCCCGUCCGUAGCGAGAAGGAGAGGAAGUCUGUCUCGGCUGAGAUGAACUACAACAUCCGCUUCACACAGGUGGACGAGGCGGAGUCGUUCCUGACCAACCUGUCCAUUGAGGUGCAGAAGCGACUGCAGGGGGCGGGGCUUAGGGGUCGCAGGCUGACCCUAAAGGUCAUGGUCUGUAAGGCAGGGGCCCCGGUGGAGCCAUCCAAGUACAGUGGUCAUGGCACCUGUGACAAUUUGGCUAGGUCAGUGACCCUGGCCCAGCUUACAGACUGUGGUCAUCUGAUAGCCAGUGAGGUCAUCAAGCUGUUCCACACAAUGAGGCUGAAGGUGCAGGACAUGAGGGGGGUGGGCCUCCAGGUGCAGCUCCUCGAGGGGGCCCACUCCGUCCCCAAGGACCCCUCGUGCCCUAAAACAUGCUCCAUCAGAGACAAGAUACUGGCCCAGCGCCCCCCUGCCCAACAUAACCACACAGAUUCGCUACCUAAUACCGCCAUUACAUGCACCAAUCAGGAGAAGAGUUCCUCUGCCAGAGUCCUGCCCCCCUUCUCCACUCCCCGCCCUACAUCGCCUGCUGAGCCAAUCCCAGGGACGAGUAAAGGAGAGCCGCCACCCUCUACACGCACACCUAACCAUGUUGGUACACACCUUAACCUCAGCAUCGAGGUCUCCCCUCCCUCACAGGUGGACCGGUCAGUGUUGGAGGCCUUGCCUGCAGAGUUGAGAGAACAGGUGGAGCACUCCUGGACCCACAGACACACAGAGAGAACCCACAACGGGUCACACCAACACCCCCUUCACCCGUACCCCUCCUCCCCUGGCCCCUCUUCUCCUCUCUCUUCCUGUUCAUCUUCCCCUCUACCCUCUCCUGUAGGAGGACUAGUGAUUCAGAUCCCCAACCAGCCUGGACAGACCGGCUCCACAGGCAUCAUCCUGGAACUGCCUGACUUCUCCCAGGUUGACCCAGAGGUGUUUGCAGCACUCCCCAGAGAACUCCAGGAGGAGCUGCGUUCAGCGUACGGCCGCAGAGAGAACGCCCAGGCCCAGGGGAUCAUGGCAGACCAGAGGAACCCCCUGUUGCAUCUGAAGCAUGUGGGGGUGGGUCGGAUGAAGCGCUGCUACAAGAAUGCCAACAAUAGCCCUGCCAAGAAAGGCCCCUCCCCUCUAAAGAGGCCCCGCCCACCAGGAAACAGCCCGGCCAAAGACCUACCACACGUGCUCAGAUCCAGGGACCUACCCAAUGGCCUCAAGCUGGAGACUGGACCUUCCACCUCCUCCCUACAGCAGGACGACCCAGAGACUCUGUCCAAGUUCACCCCUCGCCCUGAACCCACCCUCGCUGGAGCCUGUGAUUUCAUGGACAUCCGAACACUACUCAGAGAAUGGGUCACUACCAUCUCAGACCCUAUGGAGGAGGACAUUCUGCAGGUAGUCAAGUACUGCACUGAUCUGAUCAACGACAAAAAUCUAGAGAAACUUGCCCUGAUCAUCAAGUACAUGAAGAGGUUGAUGCAGCAGUCUGUGGAGUCUGUAUGGAGCAUGGCCUUUGACUUCAUCCUGGACAACGUGCAGGUGGUGGUACAGCAGACCUACGGCAGCACUCUGAAGAUCACGUAGGAGAGGGCAGCACUCUGAAGAUCACGUAGGAGAGGGCAGCACUCUGAAGAUCACGUAGGAGAGGGCAGCACUCUGAAGAUCACGUAGGAGAGGGCAGCACUCUGAAGAUCACGUAGGAGAGGGCAGCACUCUGAAGAUCACGUAGGAGAGGGCAGCACUCUGAAGAUCACGUAGGAGAGGGCAGCACUCUGAAGAUCACGUAGGAGAGGGCAGCACUCUGAAGAUCACGUAGGAGAGGGCAGCACUCUGAAGAUCACGUAGGAGAGGGCAGCACUCUGAAGAUCACGUAGGAGAGGGCAGCACUCUGAAGAUCACGUAGGAGAGGGCAGCACUCUGAAGAUCACGUAGGAGAGGGCACGGCAGGCUCUGGCCAAGUCUCAAAUCACACCCUAUUCCCCAUAUAGUGCACUGGUCAAAGGUAUUAUACUAAUAUGUGGAGGAUAGAAUGCCAUUUGAGAUUCAGUUUUGCUCCUCCUGCUCCUGUUUGUUGUGCCACUGUUACAUCAUCUUACUAUUACAUCAUGAUCCUGUGGGAGGAGCUAGGUCAAAUCAUGAUGUCUGUGAUCUUCAGCACGGAAAGUCGGAGUUCUAGAAAGAUGCCAGAGUUUCAGAAUUGUUCUCUCCUUGCGUCAUCACAGUGAAAGAGUUCUGUGUCAUUGUGACAUCAACACAACAACCCUCUGUCACUUUGACAUCAGCAGAGCCUAACCUGCCUUCUGUUGUGACGUCGUCAUAACACACGUCAGCAGAACAGAGCACCGAUAUCGGCUGCACUACACUUUGAAAAAUCAAACUUGGCCCAUCACACAAUGUCCAACUUUCCAUGGGUCGGAGGGGGAGGGGCAGGAACCCUCCUCCUGUAGCCCCUAUUGGUCAGGACCCACUGAAAGUCAUGAGUAAUGGCAGAGUUGGCCACUAGGUCUGUGAAUAUGCCAAUCGUCCCAGUAUAGGACAGACUGAGACAUAGAGAUGGCCAUGGAAUCUCUUUGCUGUCUCCACUGCGUUAUUCCUCGUUCUUUGACAUGCAGGGUUUGGAAGCAGAAAGCAGAGACCUCUUCCAGUCUUCUGGAUUCUGUUUCUUUUCACUCUCUCUGCUUUGCACCAGUUGUUCUGUUACUCUCUGCUUUGCACCAGUUGUUCUGUUACUCUGCUUUGCACCAGUUGUUCUGUUACUCUCUGCUUUGCACCAGUUGUUCUGUUACUCUCUGCUUUGCACCAGUUGUUCUGUUACUCUGCUUUGCACCAGUUGUUCUGUUACUCUCUGCUUUGCACCAGUUGUUCUGUUACUCUCUGCUUUGCACCAGUUGUUCUGUUACUCUCUGCUUUGCACCAGUUGUUCUGUUACUCUGCUUUGCACCAGUUGUUCUGUUACUCUCUGCUUUGCACCAGUUGUUCUGUUACUCUCUGCUUUGCACCAGUUGUUCUGUUACUCUCUGCUUUGCACCAGUUGUUCUGUUACUCUCUGCUUUGCACCAGUUGUUCUGUUACUCUCUGCUUUGCACCAGUUGUUCUGUUACUCUCUGCUUUGCACCAGUUGUUCUGUUACUCUCUGCUUUGCACCAGUUGUUCUGUUACUCUCUGCUUUGCACCAGUUGUUCUGUUACUCUGCUUUGCACCAGUUGUUCUGUUACUCUCUGCUUUGCACCAGUUGUUCUGUUACUCUCUGCUUUGCACCAGUUGUUCUGUUACUCUCUGCUUUGCACCAGUUGUUCUGUUACUCUCUGCUUUGCACCAGUUGUUCUGUUACUCUCUGCUUUGCACCAGUUGUUCUGUUACUCUCUGCUUUGCACCAGUUGUUCUGUUACUCUCUGCUUUGCACCAGUUGUUCUGUUACUCUAAGCUUUGCCACCUCCUCGGCCUCAGAAGUAUCUGCAAACUGACACAGACUCAAAAACACCCUGUCUGGGACAUUGGUUUGUACCUUUCCUCUGCAAAAAAAAAGUGCCAUUGUAAAUAGUGUUUUCAACGCCGCCUCUUGUUCAUUUUACAAAGAAAAGGCUUGUUUUUUUAAAUAUACUUUUUUCCCUUUUUUUUCUUGUAUUGUUUACAAGUAGUGUGUUAUUAACGGUUAGUUCUCGUGUGUGGGUGGGUGGGUGGGUGGCGGUGGCGUGACAGCAUGGAAACCGGAAGCUGGCCAAAUCCCUUAUGUUGAUUUUUGAUGUAACUUGUAUUUAGUUAAGACAUGGAAUCUCAAGGGUCUGAAGUGCCUUCCUGUCCUUCAACUACACUGAUGAGAGAAUACUGGAGAAAGCAAUACCAUAUGGCUUUGGAUUGCUACUACGUAACAAGUGCAGAUAUCUGAAAGGAGUUGAGGAAGCUAUUUCAGACUAUUGUGAUGCACCCAGACUCUCCUGUCAAUGCUUUCUGUGACAUCACAUAAAAUGGUAAUUCUCUCUUGUGACCUCACAACGUCACACCUAUUUCUGACAUCACAUAAAUCUGCAUUUGUUGCAACCCCAAAAAAAGAACUGACAGUUCUCUCAUUGUGACAUACGCAGUGGGUUUGAAAUGGCUCCUACUGAACCUGACCCACGAUCAUAUAACAGUUCGUAUACUGGUGAAAUGAAUGUAGCUGUAAACACGGGAGACGCAGACAACCUGUGAUUCUGACUUCAUUACAUUCAAAUUUGUAUGCUGUGGUCUCUGAGUGACUGUAAAAUACUUUUCCUGUCAUCUGCCAUAACUCUUCGAAAGCUAAGGGCCAGAAGAAAAGAUCUAAUUGGUCAGUGUACCUGUCUAUCAUGACUGACCCAUGCCUGAAGACCUGAAGCUGUGACAUCAUUUGUAUGUUUUCUAAGAACUUGAUAAUAAACUUGGAAUUAAUAAAAGCCUUGAUCAAA